AAAACAAUGUCGAACAUUAUUUUUCAGUUUGCUAAUUGCCCACUUCGAGUGGUGAUACUGUAUUUUGUUCCUAUUCUCUUGAUGGGAGAGUGGUGCCUCUCAUCCCCUUCAGGGUCAGAGUCAAACUCCUGUUCUACAUUGGUACAAAGCCGUUUAUUUGGCUUCUUCCUGUCAUCAUCAGUAUUCCCCACUGUUCCUUGCUCCUGGAUCCUGCAGAAUCCUGAUCCACGGCACUACACCAUCUUCAUCAAGAUAACAAAACCUACUAAGGACUGCAUGCCAUUACAGCAUCGUAUCUUCCAAUAUGACUCCUUCCUGGAGACCACGCACACCUACCUAGGAAUUGAUGGCUUUGACGAAGUUGUGAGGCUGUGCGACACCUCUUCCCCAAUGGCCUUCCUAGAGGCUGACAAGCAGUUUUUUCACAUGAGAAGGGGUCCUCAUCAGAAAGGUGAAACCACUACAAGCGACAGUGGUGAUUUCAAAGUGGAGUACCUGGUUGUUGGAAAAAAUAACCCCAGCAUGGCAGCCUGUCAGUUGUUGUGUCAGUGGCUGGAGGACUGCCUGGCCCCCAGCACAUCGAGCAGGCCAUGUGGCAUAAUGCAGAUGCCAUGUUCGUGCUGGCAUCCACCACCACAGCACAGUGAGGCCGACAGCUGUUACUACAAUGGAGUUUACCUGGAUAAAUGUUUACACAAAGUAAGAGAAUUUGGAAAAAAAUCUAAAAUAAAAGGUAAAGACCUGCAUAUUUCUCGCAGUCAGUACCUUCGUUCAGUGGACAGUCGCAAGCUUGAUGAUGGAGACAAGCCCCGUAGUGGACAGCAAAAUCCUCAGACAGUAGACUCAACCUCAGGUGAGGAGUGGUCAGCAUGGAGUGUGUGUUCUGCUACAUGUGGGGAGGGCUGGCAGAGUCGCACUCGUUUCUGUAUCUCCUCCUCGUACAGUACCCAAUGUAGUGGGCCUCUGCAAGAACAGAGAACUUGCAUCCCUGCUGUUUGUCCAGUGGCCGGCGCUUGGGAUGAAUGGUCACCAUGGAGUUUAUGUUCGUCAACAUGUGGCAGAGGUUAUAGAUCCCGAACACGAACCUGCACCCCUCCCCAGUUUGGGGGAGACCCCUGUGAUGGUCCAGAGAAGCAGACCAAAUUCUGUAAUAUAGCUGUCUGUCCAGUGGAUGGUGUGUGGAAUGAGUGGUCAAGUUGGAGUUCCUGCUCAUCUUCCUGCUCAAAUGGGACCAUGCAACGGACAAGAGAGUGUAACGGCCCGUCAUAUGGAGGUUCUGAAUGCAGAGGAGAGUGGCUUGAGACUGUUGACUGCUUUCUUGGGGAAUGCCCUGUGGAUGGGAGCUGGCAGCCAUGGUCUCUGUGGUCAGGUUGUUCCAAGACCUGCGGUGGAGGUAGCCAGCAGAGAAGCAGAAUUUGUUAUGGGCCCUUUUUUGGAGGGCAUUCUUGCCCUGGAGAACGAGAAAAGGUCCGACACUGUAAUGAAAAAAGAUGCCCAGAAUCUCAUGAAAUAUGCGUUGAGGACAACUAUUCCAACAUUGUUUGGAAGAUGACUCCUGCUGGAGAUACAGCAGCAGUACGAUGUCCUCCCAAUGCAAUGGGGUUGAUUUUGCGUCGCUGCAUCCUUGAUGAGGAGGGUAUUGCAUUCUGGGAGAAUCCUACCUAUAUGAAGUGCAUUUCCAAUGAUUAUCGCAGCAUACAAACUUUGACUCGAGAUCAUUUAUCUAAAGCGCAGCGAGGCCUCGUGGCGGAUGGAAUCUCUGAAGUGAUGGCUAAACUGAGAGUGACUUCCAGUGAUGGCACCAGCUACAGUGGUGAUUUGCAGGCUAUUUUGGACGUGCUGAAGAACAUGACUGAAAUCUUCAGGAGGGCAUACUACAGUCCCAGCAGCGCAGACAUGAGGAACUUUGUCCAGUCAGUUAGCAAUCUGCUAAUGGAAGAAAACCGAGCACGAUGGGAAGAAGCUCAAUUGCUGGGCCCUAACAUCAAAGAGCUGUUCCGCCUGAUUGAAGAUUUUGUGGAUGUCAUUGGUCUGAGAAUGAAAGACUUUCAAGACAUGUAUGAAGUGACUGAUAACAUAGUUUUGAGCAUUCACAAGCGUCCAAUGCUGAGUAACGCAGAUAUCAGCUUCCCAAUGAAGGGCUGGAGGGGCAUGGUGGACUGGGCCCGCAACUCAGAGGACAGAGUCACUAUCCCAAAACACAUCCUGCUAACAGGCAAGCCAGAUUCAGAUGACUCCUCGACAUUUGUAACAGGUAUCGUUCUGUACAGAAACUUGGGAAGUGUUCUGAAUUUGCAAAGAAACAGCACAUUACUCAACUCCAAGGUUGUAUCAGUCACUAUUAAACCCACUCCUGCUUCACUUUCUGCUCCAGUUGCAGUUGAAUUUUCUCACUUGUACAACGGCACCACAAACCAGACGUGUAUAUCCUGGGAUGACAAUGAGAGCUCCUCUCUGCUGGGAUCCUGGUCUGCUCGGGGCUGCAAAGCCGUGCUUGUCGAUUCACUCCGAACCAAAUGCCUGUGUGACAGGCUGUCCACCUUCGCCAUAUUAGCACGACUUCAUCCCGAAAUGAACAUGGAUAAGACACAGCUCCCAUCUGUGACACUGAUUGUGGGUUGUGGAGUAUCUUCGCUUACAUUGUUGCUACUCAUCAUCAUCUAUGUGUCAGGCUGGAGAUACAUUCGGUCUGAACGAUCUGUCAUUCUAAUCAACUUCUGCCUCUCAAUUAUUUCCUCCAAUGCCCUUAUUCUCAUUGGACAGACCCAAACAAGAAAUAAGGUAUUAUGCACCAUGAUAGCUGCGUUUCUUCACUUUUUCUUCCUGUCAUCAUUCUGUUGGGUCCUGACGGAAGCAUGGCAGUCAUACAUGGCAGUGACGGGUCGUCUCAGGAAUCGCAUUAUACGGAAGCGUUUUCUCUGUCUUGGCUGGGGUCUCCCUGCUCUUGUCGUUGCAAUCUCAGUGGGUUUUACCAAGGCAAAAGGCUAUGGAACACCAAGCUACUGCUGGUUGUCUCUGGAAGGAGGGCUUCUCUAUGCAUUUGUUGGACCAGCUGCUGCUGUUGUCUUGGUUAACAUGGUAAUUGGGAUUCUCGUUUUUAACAAACUGGUGUCCAAAGACGGCAUUACUGAUAUGAAACUAAAGGAGAGGGCGGGUCAGAUGACAGUGCCACUGUACAAUAUGACGCUCAAAUGUGCCAAGUGUGGAGUUAUCUCGUCGGCUGACGUAUCCACCACAGCUACCAGUAACGCCAUGGCUUCACUGUGGAGCUCCUGUGUGGUUUUGCCCCUUCUGGCUCUCACAUGGAUGUCAGCUGUACUUGCCAUCACAGACCGGCGCUCUGCACUAUUCCAGAUUCUUUUUGCUGUCUUUGAUUCUAUGGAAGGCGUUGUCAUUGUCAUGGUGCACUGCAUCCUGCGACGAGAGGUUCAGGAGGCAGUAAAGUGCCGUGUGAUAGACCGCCAGGAAGAUGGUAAUGGGGAUUCUGGUGGAUCAUUCCAGAAUGGACAUGCUCAGCUUGUGACUGACUUUGAGAAGGAUGUUGAUAUGGCUUGCAGAUCAGGUACUGUGAAGAACUCCUCCCUCCAGGAAGAGGAAAAGGCCUCUUCUGGGGCUCUAACCCUUCAAAGGGGAUCUAACUUCAAUACCAUGCCAGCCAGUAUGGCCAAAGUCCACGUCCAGAACAGGGCAGACUAUACCAGCCACACACUGACUCUACGCAGAGAGAAAUGUACCACUAAAGGAAUGAGCACUGAGUUGCUAGGUGCCAAUUCCAUUUACAUCUGUGACAGUGAGCUCUUUAAGCAGCUAGAUGGUGAGCGUCCACAAAGGAAUGGAGAAGGAAGCAGUUGUGAGGGCACUGGCAAAGCUCCAGGGCCAGUCCUUUUACCAACCAAAAAUACGAGCACCCUAAGGCCGGCCAAGGGCAAAGAAGAGCAACCAACCAAGUAUAAGAAAAGUGGUGAGCAGCUGCCUCAGACAAGGCUCGUCCACCUGGCUAACUCUGUCAGUGGUGAGCCAGUGCUUGGAUUUGGACUGAAGAGCCUGCCUGCUGACCAGAUCAGUGUGUCAUGCUCAGAGAGAGAUUCCCCUGCGCACAACCUAGAAAACCUGUCAAGAGACUCUCAGGUGGACAGUAGCACCUGUAAUGGAGCAGAAUCUGGAAACUCUGUUGUGAUGCCCAAGAAUGAAACUGUAUCUACUCUUUCCAUGAGCUCCCUGGAGAGGCGAAAAUCACGCUAUGCAGAGCUUGACUUUGAGAAGAUAAUGCACACCCGGAAACGCCACCAGGACAUGUUUCAGGACCUGAACAGGAAGAUUCACAGUGCAGACAUGGAUGUAGAGUCUACACCUGUUGAUGCCAAAGCUGCCAAAAGAUGGAGUGUGUCCUCGACCAGCAGCGACAAGACCAACAUAAGUGAUAAGCAGCAGAGCCCAAGUAAGAGGGCAUGGGAGGGCAUACAAAAGACCCACUCCCCAACAUCCUGGGGAAGAAAGGACGACCUGGUGACAGCAGUGACCUCCCCUUUGGAGAUGCAGACAGUGGAGUGGGAGAAGACAAGUGCAACUAUUCCUUUGGUAGGCCAAGACAUCAUGGACCUGCAGACGGAGGUGUGAUAAAUCAAACAUUUCCUCAACUCAUAUUUCACAUCAGUCUUGGACAAAUAAGCAACAUGCCACAUUAUACUGGUUGAGGAGAAAGGAGAGAUAAGAAAAAGACAAUGAAAGCAGGAAAUGAAUGCAAGAUAACUGGUAUCAUGAUGUCCUUGUAUGUUGUUUCAUUUAAUGGUUGGACCUGCGUUUUCAUCAGAAAUGAACUGUCCCCCUAAUAUGGAGAUGAGUACCAAACUGGCUCACAUAGGAGACAGUUGGCAAAGUAGGAGAUUCAGCAACUCCAUUGUGCAUUAUACUCAAAGGUUAUGACCUGUUGUCUGGUAUGUAUGUAAUGGUUGUAAUGUAAUUAGUCAUGUCUUCUUUCCAUUCAGUGUUACUCCAUCACUGUUGCACUUCUUUCUCCAAAUCAACGCUGCUGUUUUACAUGGCUCACGAAAGGUUUUCCUCUAUGUCAGUGAAAAAAAAAUCACCAACUCUUUGGGGACAUACAGCCAAGCACCCAGUACCAUGCUCCUCCCCUGCGCUACUCACCCAUAAUCCUUUUGGCUCCAACACUUUUACCACCCUGGCACGGUUGGCACUGGUGAUACAAGUGAAGAAGGAAUGUGGAUGGCAAAAAAAAAAGAAUCAUGCACCCAAAAACCCCUCUGAGAUUUUUGCAGGCGUUGCUAUCUAACCGGGUCUCAACAUCAAUGCCACCCCUUGAGGAUCAGGGGUAGCUCACAGCUAGUCAGUCAACACAUCCAACUAUGUGCUAUUUGUUGACGAAGAUAGGCAGGCAAGCUUAGUACAGCUAACAUAAAAUGUUUAACAUUGGAUUAAAAAAGGAGUGUAUUUAUGUUUAAUAAUUAAAGAUGGCUGUGUGACUCAAGAUAGAAAUAUAUACCGUAUGUUAUGAUACAUAAAAGGAACAUGAAAGCACAAGGCUCAUUUGGAGUCAAGAUGUACAGCAUUGUAAUUAUUUCAACAGAAUGGAGUUCAGCCUUUAAAUACACUUCAUACUGUGCUUGGGGAAGAGUCAUUACUGAAAAUAAGAGCAUUAUUAUGAGAUCCUUCUUCUCCCUUCCCCGUCUUUUCACGAUACCGGACUAUAUGCGUGUUCUGUAUAAAAAUGUAACCUGUGUGUUUUUGUAUUGCACCCAUUUUACUCUUGGAGUUCCUUGCUGUUCCCCCCCUGUUCUCUAAUCUGCCUGAUCGUCCGUCAGCCUUUCUCACAGAGCCCUCCCACACCUCCUAACAUGCCUUUUUUAUUUUACCUGGUGUCAUCUGUUUGUCAAUGUACAGUUUUCAGAGCACAAAGUGAAUGUGUCUUAUUUCU